AGAGACGUAGUGCUCCCUGCUCUGCAAGCAGUCCCCAACCUGGAUGGAGUGAAAGAUGCGGCCUGAUGACAUAAAUCCGAGGACUGGGCUGGUGGUGGCCCUGGUCAGCGUCUUUCUGGUCUUUGGUUUCAUGUUCACUGUCUCUGGGAUGAAAGGGGAAACUCUAGGGAACAUCCCCCUCUUGGCCAUCGGGCCAGCCAUCUGCCUACCAGGCAUUGCAGCCAUUGCUCUGGCUAGGAAAACCGAAGGAUGCACCAAGUGGCCAGAGAAUGAGCUGCUGUGGGUCCGCAAGCUGCCCUGCUUUCGGAAGCCUAAAGACAAGGACGUAGUGGAGCUGCUGAGGACCCCUUCAGACCUGGAGUCGGGCAAGGGAAGUUCGGAUGAACUGGCCAAGAAGGCCGGCCUCAGAGGGAAGCCGCUCCCACAGGGGCCGAGUGAGGUGCCGAUGGCCAGCUCCAUCACCGCCCCCACACCCAUGGAGGAAGGAGAAUGCCAGAGUCUGGUCCAGAGUGGGCGUCAGGAGGAGACGUCCAGAUAUCUGGAUGGCUACUGCCCCUCCGGCAGUUCCCUCACCUAUAGUGCCUUGGAUGCCAAGUGCUCAGCCUGGGACAGAUCUGACUGCCCUGAGCCAGAGGACAGCAUCUUCUUCGUGCCCCAGGACAGUAUCAUCGUUUGCUCCUACAAGCAGAAAAGCCCCUAUGACAGAUACUGUUGCUACAUCAAUCAGACCCAAGGCAGGUGGGACCAUGAGACAAUAGUCUGAUCUGUGAAUACAAGGGUCACUGUGUUGAUAGGCACGUGGCUACCUUCAACCCUCAAUGGAAGGAAAUCUCUGCUCCAACAGCCUUCACACUGUUAGAAACUGGCAUGGUUGCUGAUGGAUGUGCAGACAUCUGGUGCCUGGUAGUCAUGUAAAUAGGCAUGUUGGGGACACAUUUUAGAGACGUGAUGAGAAUUAAGGACACUGGAAGAGGUGGUGUGUAGGAAAGGAAGGAACUCCAUUUGCUUCUUAACAAUUUAAUGUUGACUUUGUAAAAUAACCCAAAAAGUGCUAUCAAGCACCUGCUGAAAGUGAGGUAAGUUUAGAGUGAGCUGCAGAUGUGUGAAAUGAUGCAUGGGCUGUCCACAGGGAAACGGGCUGCUUUUAAAAGGAAGCUUUUUACACACAGUGAUUGCUGAAAGGAGCAAAAAUCAAGUCAGAAUAGUUAAACCCUCUUUAGAUGGGAUGGGUUUUGGAAGAAUGGGAGUUCAAAAUAAUUUAAAUGCAUAAUUGAGUCUGCUGACAAGAUGAAGUUUUCAAAUAGAUUAUGUGUGACUGUUAUGUAAAAAGUUCAUAGUUUUAGGUGACUGUGUUAGUUCUAAAACUCUUCAUUUGAACUGAUUUACUGGGACUUUAUCUGAAGUUUUUAUAUUUACUACAUUCAUGUAUAAUUUCCUUACCAGGUGCAAAAUGACUUGAUGUAAUAUUUUCAUAGGUUAGAAUUUGUUUUUAUCAAAACAAAACAAAUUUUGCAGAUCUGUCUAAGUGUCUUUCACAUCUCUGGGAGGCAUGUACUAAGAAUUACUAUAUGGCUUUUAAAAAUCUGAAACUACAGAGUCAAUAUGUUGGGCCUAAAGAUUAUGCAAAAUUUGUAUGAAGUACAAUGGUUAAAACUUCGGAAAUGUUUAUAUGUACAUUUGUCAAACACCCUCACAGAUUACAGAUGUCGAUGAAACAAGAGUUAUUCAUGAGACUUACGUGAGGCCUGUAUUUUAUUAAGUUCACAGGUCCAGUGAACUUUACAUGUUAAAAGUCUUUAUAUUUCCCACUUUGUGACUGAGGGGGGAAACAUCACAGUGGUGUCCUACAAUUUAUUUUCUAUAUGUCUUGCUCAACUGCAACAUUAAAAAGAGUGAUCAGUCAUCAGUCAUGCCAUUUGAUCCCUCUUGUAGAAUACUGAAUCAUGUAUAGGAUGGUGAGUUUCAUCUUGAGGACCAGUACUGUUUUGUACCCUUCAAAGAAUUGUGAUUCUAAGUCAAAUAGUUUUAGACGCUUUGACCCAAAAGGUAAAUUGAGAACAAAAAUCAGGGGCUUAUUUCUUUUAUGUAUUUCAAAUCCAACUCUGUGAUUCUACCUAAGUGUAGCAAUUGUUCUGUCUUAAGACUCAUGCUCUUGAAAAUCAUAAUUUCUAAAUGAUGUUUGUCAAAAGUAUGCAAUCUUUUUUGUAGGGCUUACAUGUUACAGUUGUGUGAUCUUGGGCAAAGGUUAUCUUCUGACAGCUCAGUUUCCUACUCUAUGAAAGGAGAAUAGGGAAAAGACUUAUUUAUGCUAAAUUUUUUCCAUCAUUCAUCCCCAUAUUGGAUAUUCUAUGAUAGUAUAUCAAAGGUACUGUGUAUGUUGCCUAGAAAUGAGCUACAGCAAAAUGCAUGCCAAAGUUAUACAAUCCAUGAUCAAAAUUAUGUGACAUGGAUUAAAUUGCUACUACUCAAAAGAAUUUUGUAGAGGUAUGAAAGCAGGUGUAUUUUAUUAGCAGAUAUUAUCUAUUUAACACCAAUCCGUUCCUGGGAAUAAAGCUGAAGAUGUGAGGGGUCAAAUAUUUUUGAGGAGAAAUUUUUAAAUCUUAGUAUAGCCCAAAAUAAUCUAAUACAUAGCUUUGCACUAAGUGUAACUGACUUUGGUUUGGGAUGGUGAUGGAUAGUUUCCUAAAAUCACAAUGCCUGUUUUGAAAGUGGAAAAUAAUAUUCAUAGAGGAAAAGAUGAUUGGGAAACUCAAUAACAAAAAUUUCCCCUAAUGUGUUUGCCACUAUUGGCAUCUUUAGAAGUGAGGAACAGACAGAUGUUUGCAGGGAGUCAGCAAGUCUUAGUCAGGUCUGAAAGGAGAUGCUUGUGUCAUAUAUGGUUUGAGGUUUGGGAAAGUUACUUUCUGAUUUCUUGGAAACAGCUCAAAAUCUUUCAUAAAAUGUGCACAUGUGUGCAUACCCAGAGUCCCACUUCCAAACCAAGGGUCAAAUACUGAUUUAGAGGCAAGGUAUUUUAUCACAUUUUCAAGUUGUAUUCCAGAAGAAACUGAUUUCAGGUUUCUUCUUCCAUCCAUUUAUUAAAAUGCUGCAAGUAUCUAAGUAUGUAUUUGUGAGUAUAUUUUCCUGUGCUAAAAGGGUGGUUUGCAGAUGUUGGACUGAGAGAUUUACCUUUCUUUACCAAAAGAAUAAAAUAUA